GUCGAUUCAUUAAAACAUCGCGCGCUAUGGUGAGAUGCCCGCUCAGACUUGAGCUAUAUGUGCACGAGGCGGAAACGUGUAACUUUUGUAGUCUGCCCACGAGUUCUUUACCCAUCUGACGGAUCUCGGUCUUACAGGACAGAACUUUACUGGAACAUAAUGACCAUUGACACGAGCCUGAACAAUCAGAAAUCAGGCUUCCGGCGUGUUACAGGAUUCUGGUCUCUCAUAUGCGAUUUCUCUUCCGACCUUUGCAUAGUUUCGUAUAACGGCAUUCAACUGAUAUCGAUCAUGAUUCAGGAUGUAUCUGGCAAUGCAAUGCAAUCACCAUCGCAUCAAGUGUACUGGAAUCAUGAUGCAUUGGAUAUAAUGCGCUUUGUAUCAGCAUCACUCCACGCUAACCAUAUCUUUCUUUGUUUGAAUAUACUAGCUCAAUGAUCCAAGCGAAUGAGACGACGAAUAAA